AUGUCCAUGAACCCCGAGUCCGCUACUCCCCAGCAGGGCGAGUUCAGCAGCAAGGUCGCUCCCUCUAAGCCUCUCACAACCAAGGGUCACGCACCCGGAGUUCUCGUUGGUAUCGAUGCUGCUCCCGAGUUCCACGUCCAGCAGCUCCCUUCUGGCACUGCUCCUCCCGAACACACCUUCCAGCCCAACCCCGAGAACGAGAUCCCUGCCCAAGCUCCCGGCGCGGAGGGUGAGGCCCCCGCCUCCGCAACACUCGGGGGUGCUACAUCUGCCGACCUGCACGGCCGAGGCAAGAAGGAACGCUCCGGACUCGAGGGUGUUGGUGCCAACGCCUCGGACCCAAUCCACGACAAGGGUGCUGACCGCGACCAUCCCACCAACUACCGUGGAAAGGGUGGUGAGAAUGCGGUGGAUUACCCUGGUGCCGCAGAGCGAGAGCCUGCUAAGGCUGAGGAGGUUGCGAGCGAGCGUGCUUAA